UAUAGGCGCUUGCCCGCUUCCUGACUCUUGCAUUCAACCAAAACAAUCAAGUAGUCUGCACACAAUAUGUAACCAGCAUGCUGCAUGUUUGUUCUGACAUCUAAGUAUAGAUGAAUAUUCAAUCAAGUUCAGUGAUGCUGAUGGUCAGUUUAAAAAUAAGUAACGUGAUACUCAUUAUGAUUUGUUACUUGUUACGUCCAUAACAAAUCCACGUGCAAUACUUACGUAUGAUUACGUAUCAACAGCGUGUGUAUUUACAAAACAGAGGUACACAUGUUGUACAUAUUUUUCUCUCAACUUUCCCGGCAACAAUUAAUACUUAAACAGUAAGAAAAUAUGUAACAGUUGAUUAGCUUUAACUUUCGUUCUCAUUUUAUUGCUUUGUGAGAAGCAAUAUGUUGUAGCACAAUAGUAACUACGUGAAUAUUUAUUUCACAAAAGUCUGUAAAUAGAGCAGUGAAUCAUGAGAAGAGCAAGGAUUAAAGCUGUUGCCACUGUUCCUGUCCGUCGAAAGGCAGUUCAGGACACUGCAGAAGCAGAAACUAGUAAACAAGAUGAUGUGAAAGUAUUGAAAAAACCAUCAGAAGAAAAAAGAGAAUCCAAAACUGAACCUACAACUACUGUAGUGGACAACAAAGAACCUGAGAAAACUGAUACUAGUUCACUUUUGGAAAAAUUAGCUACUUCUCCUGUAAUACAAAAAGAAAGCAUAGAACCUGUAACCCCCGAAGUUAUUAAGCAAACUGAUAGUAAAAAUGAUAUACAACCAGUAUCGAAUGUUGAAGUUUCAGAUUUACCAAACAAAACAGUAUCAAAGACUGAUCCACCUGUAGAAAGCUCACCAAUUAAAACAAUACAAGGACGUUCAUGUUUUAUGAGGCCAACUCCAAGAUUGGAUGGAGGUGGUAGAAUUCGUAGGAAUAGUGUACAAGGAAGUGGAGCUAGUGCAAGUGAAUCAGAAGAUGAUAGUAGAAGAUCUACAUCCAUUGCACCGAGUCGAAUAAGAAAUGAUUCUAUUCAAAGUUUGAAAGAUGGUGGUAGUGGUAAUGCAAACAAUAUUGCAAAAUUGAAUCUUGGGCAAAAAAGAAGAAUGGUUGUAUCUGAAUCUGCAAGAAAACUAGCAGAAGCCAGAAGAGAAUUUCUUCUUAAGCAUGAAAACAACCCACCAGAUAAAAGUAAAUUAACAAUGUAUGAUUUAAUUUACUACAAUCCUGUUACUAAUCCUAUGAAGCCAAAACCAGUAACACGGCCAGCUGCAAGAAAAAUUUCAGUUUGCUCUGUUCCAGAUAAAACAAAAGACAAUGAAGAAGAAACUGUUGAUGAACCAACAGAAAUUGUUGUACCUCAAGUAAAAGUUGGACCUAAUGGUCAGAUAAUACUUGAUGAACAAAGUAUUGUGAUAGAUCAGUAUAAAGCUCGAGAAAAUAUUGAUCGCUCAGAUAUCAUUGUGGAUGAAGAUACCACUGGUAAUGGAUUUUAUAAGAGGCGUAAAAAAAGUAAAGACUGGAACAAGUGGGAAACUGUGAAAUUCUACAAAGCUUUAAACACUUAUGGUACUGAUUUCUUGUUAAUGCAAAGCAUAUUUCCAAAAAGAACAAGGCAAGAACUAAAAUUAAAAUAUAAAAAGGAAGAAAGAUUAAAUCAAAAUUUGGUAGAAAAAGCAUUGCAAUACCAAGAAUUUGAUACAGAAGCUUUAGAAAAGGAUCUUGCUAAUGUCGAAGAAAAUGAAAGAAAAGAAUCAGAGUCAAAUAAGAAGUCAAGCAAGAAAGGUACACGCUCUUUAACGAAAAAGAAGCGUCGUAAAAGAUGUCAAAUUGUGACUAAUGAAAUAAGUUGUGAGAAUGAACUAGAUGCGGAUACUAAUAAAAGCAGUGGCGAUGAACAGUCAUCUGAUGAAAAUUCCAGGAUUACUAUAACAAAAGUUAAAAAACGUACAGUUCCUAAACGUAAAGCAGCAAAAAUUAAUGAUAGUAGCGCUGACGAAAAUGCAAAACUCAAUUCUGAUAGUGAACCAGAAGUGUACAAAGCAAAAGUUACACGUUCUGGACGAGUGUCUAAAAAGCCUAAAAAAUUGAUAAAAUCGCAAAAACCGAUUAAAGUUUAUGACACCGAAAACAAAGACCAAGCAGAGCAACUAUUAGAGAACAACAAUGAUAAAGAAAAUGACAAAGCCAAUGUUAUUAAUGAUCCACAAAACAACAUAUUAAUGGAAUCUAAUGAAUUAAAUGUAAUAGAUGGUAGUGAAAUUUCAAAUGUACAAAAUUUUCAAAAUUCAGAUCAAACCAUUGAAAUGAGCAACAUGGAAGAAAAUGAAACAAAUAAUCAAAGUGAAUUGCUUGAAGUAUUAAAGGCCAAUUCAACAGCUACGUCAAAUGUUUUUGACAAUAUCUCUGAAGAUAUUCCUAAUAUGGCUAAUUUGAAACCAGGAUCUUUAGUUGUUUUGAAAAAAGAUUGCAUUGAUAUUCCUGGAAAAACGUAUAUGCAAGUUUAUAUUGUUAGCGCUGAUUAUGAUUCUAAUAAUCCAAACUGCAAAGACAGUCUGUUACCUAUUGAUCUUUCACCCGAUGUCUUAGAAACUGUUACUAAUUGUAUAAAAGACAUCGAGCCAGAAAAUGUUUCUUAAGAAUUAAAUAGAUCAUAAGAAAUAUACUGUAAAAAGCUAAGAUGUAGCAUGGUUUUCGUAAUUAAAACUAGAUGUAAUAUUUAUCUUUUUAUAAGUUGCAUUAAAAUAACAUGUAGACAAAAAUUGCAUUUUUAUAAAGUUAUUGCACAAUGUGUAAAUUUUUAUACAUAGAAAAUAUAUAUUUUUAAUUUAUCAAAAA